AUGAAUACCAAUGUUUCAAUCUUGCUUCAGGAUGAGGCUGGCAUUGUUCCUGAGACCGAGGACAGCACUUCAACAGCCGUGGAGCCUAACCCUGUUGGACUAGUUCUUCACGUUGGUGAGGUUACGGACCGGUCUAUUAUAGAUACUGCAGCUGAACAGACUUAG